GUGAUCGAUUAGCUGCCAGGAACCACCAGCGAGUGAACGAGAUCUCGAAUCUCCGUUUCCAUCACACUCGACUCGUCGCCACCCUCCCAGCUCUGAGGAUCGGCACACCACAGUCCAUAUCGACGAUUCUAUCGAUCAAAAAUAUAAUGUCGACCAAAAGGAAACUCCCCCAGAAGCUGGGCCAGCCGGUGGUCAAGCAGAGCGCAAAGGUUCUGAGCAAGGGAAACCUGGACGAGUCGAAGACAGUUGUGUCAAGCGGCAGUAACGCGACCAAAUUAAAACCAAAUGGGACGCAAGAAUCGAUCGAAAUAUCCAGCGAUGAGGAAGAAGUGGAGCAGGAGGAGAACUCUGAUGCAGAGAGCGACGAGGAGCAGGAGUCUGGGGCUGAAGCAGAUGUGGCCAUGGAGGAUGCGGACAACACUGCCGAUGGACCUAUACCCGACGAGAACGAUGAAGACGCUGCAGAACCCUCCUUUGGAGAUUUAGUCAGAGCUAAUGCCUCGGAACCUAUCGAUGUAGCUGGUGCCUUUGAAGACCCUUUGAAUGGCAUGACAUACCCCAAAACUUCCCAAAUACAAGCUCCUUUCGGCGCCUCCCUCGGUACUGUUCUUACACAAGCUCUCAAGACAAACGACAUUUCUCUCCUCGAAUCUUGUUUGCAUACAACAGACGUGACUACUAUUCGCGCCACGAUACAACGUCUCGAGUCCCUGUUAGCAGGCACACUAUUGCAGAAGCUAGCCGAAAGAUUACAUCGAAGACCAGGCCGAGCAGGAACUCUUAUGGUGUGGGUUCAAUGGACACUGGUUACACAUGGAGGAUAUUUAGCAACACAACGGGACCUGAUGAAGAAGCUUGCGGAGUUGAACAAAGUCAUCGAUGAGCGAGCAAAGGGUUUACAAAGUCUCUUGUCACUGAAAGGGAAGUUGGACAUGCUUGAGGCGCAGAUCGAACUACGAAGGAGCAUGCAGAAUCAACGGCGCCGGGCUGACGAAGACGAGGACGAUGAAGAUGUCAUCUACGUUGAAGGCCAGGAGAGUGAGCAAGAGGCUGGGUCUGGAGCCGUCAAACCCCAAAGAUUAGCGGCGAAUGGCGACUUGGAAGACAUCUCUGAUGACGAUAGCGAGGUAUCAGAAGAUAUGCCCAUGACAAAUGGUGUGAUAGCGGACUCGGAAGACGAGGAGGAAGAGAGCAGCGAUGAAGACGACUUAAUAGACGACGCUGCCGAAGAGACCGACGCCGAUACUGGCGACGAAGAUGAGGUCGACCACGAUGAUCAAGACUCGGAAGGAGAAGACGAUGAUAGUGAUGACGGUGUCCAGGCCGGACGACCUGCAAAGAUGCCCAAAACUGGUGGCAUGUUCUCCAAGAAGAGAUGAAAAAUGGGCUCAUAGCAUUUGGCGUUGCAUGGCAUGGCGUUCUCUCACACUACAGGUAUAUGUUUGUCAGCCGAUACCUUUGUAAAAAGCAUAGAUAUGUGUCGUCUCCUUGGACAUUGCAGCUGUCUGAAGAUAAGUACCUAUCAAAAUAUUGAAUAUUACCACGUGGUGGAUUUACCACGAAAUAAACACCAAUAUUUGCCGUCUCUAAGCUGUUAUACCUGUCAAAUUUUUUCUUUAGGUGUGUUUUCCUGUGCUGUGUUUCACAUAUUCUUAGUUUUGAGAUAACAUCCGAAAAUAGGGGUCCGACGCAAAAACAAAAGUAACCAUGAGAAUAUCAUAAACAAAUAUA